UAAACCUGUUUGAAACACCAGAAGUAGUACUACUCCAAUUCUCUAUUCGCAGUAGCAGCCCUAAUGUCAAGUGAGAAUCAUCAAGAAUUUAAGAGGCCAGUCCAAUGGAGCACAAGGGAUUUGUACAUUAUUUCCAGUGAUCUCUGCACUGCCCCGGUUCUUGAAUCGAAAGAUGAAAUUGUUGUUAGAAAGGUUCAAGUCGCAAAAUAUAUUUCAAAGGAAGAGGCUAAUGCUCAGUUCAAGAAGCUUGAAGAUAGAGUGAAGUAUCUACAGAACCUGUGUCAUCAUCCCAACCUUCUUAAAUACUUGGGUACGGCAAAGAAGGGGCGAACCUUGUUUAUCUUGUCGGAAUGUGUAGGACAUUCAAACAUAUCAUCGCUUGUUAAGAAGCAGAAACAGUUUCCCGAGCUCGAGCUUGUAAGUUAA